AUGUAUGUAAAGCACUUCAUACUAGUUUUAGUUGUGUUUAGAUUAGUGGAAAUUAAAAGUGAAUGCAAUAAUUAUUUUAAGUGUUUGAGUGCAUUUCUAAAGUACUUUAUUGAUGACAAUCAAAAAUAUGAUAUAACCAUUAACAUUAACAAUCAGAAUAAAACUUUGCAAAUUACAUUGAAAAAUUUAGAUAAAUUUAUUAAGCAUGUAAUUGAUUUAUUGAAUGUCAACAUCGAAGAUCACGAGGAAACCUUAAAUAACUCUGAAACAAUCGAACACAUAGACAAAAAGACAACGACUUAUGUGAAAAGCAUCUCAAAGGAUAAAACUAACAAAAUCAGUAAUAUCGAAUCCAGCAAUCUUAUUGGAACAUAUAUAAGCAACAAAAAUACGAUGAAUAUGACAGCAAAAAUAAAAAACAUCACUAAACAUGAAAUUAAUAUUUUUCAUAGUAAAUCUGAAGAUCUUGAAGAAUUUGUCGAAUAUUAUGAUUUUACAGACGACAACACUACCGAUUAUCCUAUAAUUGACUAUAUAGACCUAUAUAAAGACACAACAAAUGAAUUAGUCCAAGUUUUUAAAGCAAAUUACUCAAAUAUUGAAAACAGAUCUGACAGCAUUAACUACGUAACAGAAAUUAGUUUAAGUGAUAUGCAAGAAGAAGAAAAGCAUGUGCAUGAAAAUUCAACUUCAAAUGUAACCACAUCUGUCUCCCCGUGGAUAGCAGCGAUAUUCUUGAAAAACGGCACAAGCGACCAAUUCGAGUAUUAUUGCGACGGUGUGUUAUUGUCAGAUAGGUAUAUUCUCACAGCUGCUCGAUGUGUUAUUCGAAACGAUGCAACUGUUGACGCUGAGAAUGUCAUCGUUCUAUUGGGAAAGAAAUCAUUGCUUUCAUUAGGAGAGAACGAGAGGGCUGUUAAGAUUAGCAAAAUAAUACUUCACGAAAACUAUACGAACAAAAACGAUAAAGUGGAAAACGAUCUCGCAAUUCUAGAAAUAGAAGAACCGAUUUCGUUUAAUGAUGCAGCACAGUCAGCAUGUGUGUUGGUAGAUGAAACAUCGGACGAUUUUAUUGAAAAUAAUCUAGAAAUAGCUACAACCGGUUGGGCAAUAACCGGUGAAUUGACAUUUAUACCCUUCGAUAAAGAAAAAAGUAAAAAAUUUAACAACGGCUCUAGAGUGGAUAAUGUCUUUUGUGCAAAUUAUAAUAAUGAUGUGACAGUCUGCCCCAGCUUUGGAGGUGUCUUUGUAAGCAGAGCUGUAGACAACAUCUGGUACCUCCGUGGCCUGCGCACUGGUGAUCCCACACAAAAGUCAUUUUGUAUCAACACUGGAGUGCUCUUCACCAAUUUGCUUCAAUAUUUAGAAUGGAUUCAGAUUUAUAUGUAA